AUGGAUCAAACUCGUGCCAAUAAUUCCCUCGCGCCCUUCAUCGCGCUGGCCAAAUCAGCCAACUCUCCGCGAGCAGCAGCGGACCUCGUGACGCAGGCAACCUCAGCACCAAACACAUACAUCUUCGCCGAACUGCUACAGCAGCCAAACAUCCAGGCUCUUGCAGAAAACGAGCAAUAUGGCGUCUACUUCAAAGUCCUUCAGCACUUCGCCUGGGGCACAUUGGAGAGCUACAGAGGUCGGUCUCGUCAUCUUCCAGGCACCACUCUUCCGACUGACAUCUAUCACAGCAAACCCCCUGCCCGAACUCACAGAUGCCCAACUGCUGAAGCUCCGCCUCCUCUCGCUCCUCACCAUCGCAUCCCAAAAGUCGACAACAUCCUCAAACACUUCCAACCUAAGCUAUCAGUCCCUCUGCGCUCAACUCGGCCUCUCAUCCCCCAUCGACCUCGAACACCUCGUCACCGAAGCCCUCUACCAGAACCUCAUCACCGGAACCCUCAAUCCCGCUGCUCAAACAGUAAUCAUCACCUCCGUCGCCCCACUCCGCGACCUAGCACCGGGAAGCGUGCAGAGCAUGAUCGCCGAGCUACAAGCCUGGAGCGGACGCUGCGACUCCGUACUCGCAGACCUGGAAGCCGAGAUCAGGAAGGUCAAAACAGAGGCAGGAAACCGAGCGAAGAGAGAGGCAAGGGCAGAGAAGCAGAUCAAGGCAGUGACAGACGUGGGAGAAAAGGGCGGUAGCGGCCCUGGAAGAGUUCUCGGGACGAAUAGCUCGGGUCACAACGUAAGGGGUGCGACGAAGCGGGAUCAGGCGGAUGACGAUUAUGAAGACGACGAUGCUAUGGACGUUGACGAAGCACCUCGGGCUCCAAGUGGUCGGAAGAAGAGCAGUGGAUCGAGUAGUGGCUUACUCAAUCGUCUGACGCGUGGUAGCAGUGGGCGCGGUUGA